AUGAGUAUAGCUUAUAAAUGUUGGAGAUGUGAUCUAAGAUCUAAAUCUUGCCAUACUGAGGAGUUUAAAUUUUUCUUGCACAACUUUGAUAAUGUCUCCGAAGAGAGAGGGAAUAUUUGCAAUUAUUGUAAUGAUUUAUUACUAUUAGAUAAUACUGAUGUAUAUCACUUUGUUGAGAUUCCAAACCCUCGCCCUCAAAGGAAUUUGAGACGAAAACUUCAUAAGAAAUUAAUAAAAGAUAAUGAACAAAAUACUCGUACAUUUCUAGUAUGUAAAUUGAAAUCUCCAUCCAACAAUAAAGUGGAUAUCUCUAUGAUAAUUAAUGAAAUCUUAAAAUUAGCAGUAUCUGGGGGUGAUGGAACUAAAGUAGCUAGUUUUGGAGUGAGUAUUGAAUUUUUAUCCAGCAAUUUAAAAAAUGAAGGUGGUAACGAAUCAUAUUUUAGUUUAAAGGCAUGUUUAAGACACCUUUUAUUAAAAUCUGUGAAUUUAGAACAGAACCAAGGAAGUGAUCUUUAUUUAAAUUUUACAAUAUCGUCUGAUAUACCAUUAAUUGAAAAUAAUGUGAAUUAUAUAUUUUGUGUAUCGAUAAGUUAUGAAUGGAAGCCAAUAUAUAUUAGUGGUAGAUAUAAAAAGUUAUCAAGAAGAAUAUCUCAAUCUAUAUGGCAUUAUAACUCCUCUAGUAAUGUAAAUGAUAGUCAAAAUGAUAAUUUAUGUGGUCCUCCAUUUCCUAUUAAAACAUCUAUUGAAGAUAUACUGAAUUAUUCAUUAAACAAGCUGAUAUCCUACAAGAAAUGCACUUUUAGUGCAUCUGGGCGUGAAGAUGUUGAUGUUCGUAUGCUUGGAGUUUCAAAUGGGGGUAGACCAUUUGCCUUAGAGAUAUCUGGAAUUUCAAGCAAACACCACCUAUUUUAUUCCAAUAUUGUUAAUCCCUCUAUAAAUGAUAAUAUUCAACUUAGAAAUGAAUUUAUAGCUGAAUUGAUCUCUAAUGUCAAAUUAUUAUCGGGAGGUCAUGUAUUAAUAUCUCAAGUUUCAUUCUCUAAUACUAGUUUAAUUAAAGAAAUGAACCUACAAGUUAGUGAGAAAUUAAAGGCAUACUCUUGUAUAUGCUAUACUACAUAUAAUUUGACUCCUCAAAAUUAUAAGGAAUUAAGAAACCAGUUCUUUUUAUACACACUACCAAUAAGUAUAAAGCAAAGAACACCAAUCAGGGUUUUGCAUAGAAGGAAGAAUACUGAUAGAAUCCGAAACAUCUUUAAUAUUAACAUUAAGGAGAUAAAUGAAAACUCUUUUAAGUUAGAUUUGAUUACUGAGGCAGGAAUGUAUAUUAAAGAAUUUGUUCAUGGAGAUUUUGGAAGGACAGUACCAAAUUUAGGGGAUAUAAUACAGAAAGUUAUUAAUAACGACUCAAAAGGGGGUAAUGUCCGAAUUGAUGUUUGUAUCUUACAGCUUGAUGUUUUAGAUGUGCUUGAUAAUUCAUAA